UCUAGGUGGUGGUGGUUGCAUACCUGAGGCCUGGGCAGAAGGAAGAGUAUACAGCCUGGGCCACCAGGAUAAGUCCAGGACCCAGCAGGAGCUGAGGACAGACAGAAGGACCACAGAGGGUGUAAGGGGCUGGGGUGAGGAUUGGUGCCCCUGGGCCAGGACGCUCCUCUCUUCUCCCUGCUGGCUCCAGACCAGAGUCCAAGCCCUGGGCAGUGCCACCUUUACUCAGCCCAGCCCUGAAGACAGAAUGAGAGGGGCUUCCUAUCUCCAGAUCCUGCUCCUUCUGGUGCUGGGAGCUGCUGGGACUCAGGGAAGGAAGUCUGCAACCUGCGGGCAGCCCCGCGUGUCCAGUGGGAUCGUAGGGGGCCGGGAUGCACGGGACGGAGAGUGGCCACGGCAGGCGAGCAUCCAGCAUCGUGGAGCGCACGUGUGCGGGAGGUCGCUCAUCGCCCCCCAGUGGGUGCUGACAGCAGCGCACUGCUUCCCCAGGAGGGCACUGCCAGUUGAGUACCGCGUGCGCCUGGGGGCGCUGCACCUGGGCCCCACCUCGCCCUGCACGCUCUCGGUGCCCUUGCGACGGGUGCUGCUGCUCCCGGACUACUCCGAGGACGGGGCCCGCGGUGACCUGGCACUGCUGCAGCUGUGUCGCCUGGUGCCCCUGAGCGCUCGCGUCCAGCCCGUCUGCCUGCCCGUGCCCGGCGACCGCCCGCCGCCCGGCACACCAUGCUAGGUCACUGGCUGGGGCAGCCUCCGCCCAGGAGUGCCCCUCCCAGAGUGGCGGCCGCUACAGGGAGUAAGGGUGCCGCUGCUGGACUCGCCCACCUGCGACCGCCUCUACCACGUGGGCGCGGAGGUGCCCCUGGCAAAGCCCAUUGUGCUGCCUGGGAGCCUGUGUGCCGGCUACCCCCAGGGCCACAAGGAUGCCUGCCAGGGUGAUUCUGGGGGACCCCUGACCCGCCUGCAGUCUGGGAGCUGGGUCCUGGUGGGCGUGGUGAGCUGGGGCAAGGGUUGUGCCCUGCCCAACCGUCCAGGUGUCUACACCAACGUGGCCACAUAUAGCCCCUGGAUUCAGGCUCACGUAAGCUUCUAAUGCUAGCCAGUGAGGCUGACCUGGGGCCAGCUGCUGGGGUCCCUCAGUCUCCUGGUUCAUCCGGGGACCUGCCCAUACCCCACAUCUCUUCUGCCUUGAGGCCAAGAUGCCUAAUAAAGCUAAAAGCCACCCCCAACCCCCACCUCCUGCCUCCUCUCCUCUUUGGGGCUCACCAGAUCUGACUCCACCAACCCUCAUCCAGGGAUCUGCCAUGAGUCCCAGGGGGUGACACUCCCCCCUCCCUUCCUGGCUUGUAUUUACUUUUCUCGGCCCUGGUCAGGGAUGGGUGCAAGGCACGCAGCGGUGGGCAGACCAGCUGCUGCCCAUCUGGCCUGUGUGCCCAUCUUUUUCUGGAGAAAGUCAGAUUCACAGCAUGACAGAGAUUUCACACCAGGGAGAUCCUCCAUAGCUGGCUUUGAGGACACGGGGACCACAGCCCAUGAGCAGCCUCUAGGAGCAGAGAGCAGCCACUGCCGACAGCCGGCAGGGAAUCGGAACCCUCAGACCCACAGCCGCAAGGCACUGGAUUCUGGCAGCACCCUGAAGGAGCUGGGAAGUUCUUCACCAGCCUCCAGAUAAGAGCCCCGCCGGCCAAUCCCUUCAUUUCAACCUAAAAAGACCCUAAGCAGAGAACCUAGCUGAGCCACCCGGACUCCUGACCUACAAAGCUGUGACUUAAUAAAUGUGUGUUUUAAGCUGC